UUCACUCUUUUCCAAGAGGAAGCUACCAUGGAAAGCGAACCCAUCUCCAACGAUCAAAAACAGCAGCAACAACAAGAGCCGAUGGAGUGGGCCCCUACAGCGUGGGCCCACCUCUCCGCAGUCCGGAACCAAUCGCCGCUCAUUCAGUGUAUCACCAACUAUGUCUCCAUGGAUUUAGUGGCUAAUACUCUUCUCUCCGCCGGUGCAUCACCCGCGAUGCUCCACUCCGUCGAAGAAAUCCCGGACUUCACUCCUCACAUCCACGCGCUCUACAUCAACGUCGGCACUCUCUCCCCCGACUGGCUACCGGCAAUGAAGGUUGCAGCCGAGUUGGCAUCGAAGUCGGGUAAGCCCUGGGUUCUUGACCCAGUUGCUGCCGGCGCUUCCGGUUUCCGGUUGAAGGCUUGCUUGGAACUCGUGGGCCUGAAGCCUACCAUCAUUAGAGGAAAUGCCUCCGAGAUCAUCGCGCUUUCUAAUGCCUCUGUGGGCCCCACUAAGGGAGUAGACAGCUCUCAUGAGUCGAUGGACGCGGUGGAUGCAGCGAAGAGGUUGGCUGAAGCAGGUGGGAACAUAGUUGCUGUGUCUGGAGUUGUUGACAUUAUAACUGAUGGGAAGAGAAUAGUUGGUGUUCACAAUGGGGUGCCCAUGAUGCAAAAGAUUACUGCAACUGGAUGUUCAGUCACUGCUCUAAUUGCGGCUUUUGUUGCUGUUGAUCCUUCGCAUGCUUUUGAAGCCACAGCUUCGGCAUUAUCCGUGUUUGGUAUUGCUGGUGAGAUGGGGAUGGACAUCGCAAAAGGUCCUGCUUCAUUGCGAAUACACAUGAUAGAUUCUCUCUAUGGACUUGAUCAAGCAGCUAUGCUUUCUCGCGUUCACAUCAGGAGUUUGCCAUGAUAAUUGAGGAGACAUGUAAAUGAUAUGGAUCAGCGAUGAUUUAUUUGAGUUGUACAUAACGCUCUUAUGUUGAGCCAAAAGAGGACUAAUCAAUAAGGAUGUUGAACACUAUGCACACAAUAAAUUUCUGGGAUAUACCGGCCAGGGAUGGCCACAAGCAUCUAUGAUCCAGUGUCCAGAGCCCAAAUUUUCGUUUUUCAGAAAUGUCAGAAAAGAUCAUAGCUUUCAUUAUCAUUUUUUUUAAUGGGGUGAUGACAUAGUUAAUCACUGUUAUUCGAAAUCUGGUAUAGACAUAAUUAGCAUGCUAU